CUUAUCGCAACUUGGCUACAAAAGCAAAAGCAAAAGCAGAAGAAAUGAAGAAUAAAUAGUGUAACUUCAAGCUUUUCCAUUUUCUCGUAUACCAAAGAAAAAAUCUUUCCCAUUUUCUUUAAAAGCGAGCACAGAACAGGAAAGUACCAAACUAAAGGUUCAAGAGAAGUGGGAGAGAAAAGUCAGAAAAAGAAGAAGAAGAAGAAGAAGAAGAAGAAGAAGAGGAGGAGGAAGAGGAAGAAGAUGGGAAUAGUGGAAGAAGCCCACAACAUAAGGGUGUUGGGAUCGGGUGAACGAAUCGUAGUUCUUGCCCAUGGGUUCGGCACGGAUCAGUCGGUGUGGAAACACCUGGUCCCCCACCUCGUCGACGACCACCGGGUGAUCCUCUUCGACAACAUGGGCGCCGGCACCACCAAUCCCGACUACUUUGACUUCGAUCGCUACUCAACCCUCGAAGGCUACGCUUACGAUCUCCUCGCCAUCUUAGAAGAGCUCGGCGUCGCUUCCUGCAUCUUCGUCGGCCACUCUGUUUCCGCCAUUGUUGGCGCUCUCGCCUCCAUCGCUCGCCCGGAUCUCUUCUCCAAACUUAUCACGAUCUCCGCUUCACCCAGGUACUUGAACGACGUGGAUUACUACGGAGGAUUCGAACAAGAAGAUCUGGAUCAGUUAUUCGAAGCGAUGCGAGAAAAUUACAAGGCCUGGUGUUCAGGGUUCGCCCCGUUGGCUGUGGGAGGGGAUAUGGACUCUGUGGCGGUACAGGAAUUCAGUCGGACGUUGUUCAACAUACGACCCGAUAUAGCCCUGAGCGUAGCUCAAACCAUAUUCCAAAGCGAUUUCAGGCAGGUGCUAAGACUCGUCACCGUCCCUUGUCACAUACUACAGAGCAGUAAGGAUUUGGCCGUGCCGGUGGUGGUGUCCGAGUACCUGCAUAGGAACCUCGGCGGCGAAUCCAUUGCCGAGGUCAUGCCUUCGGAUGGUCAUCUCCCUCAGUUGAGCUCGCCAGAUGUCGUGAUUCCAGUUCUUCUCCGGCAUAUCCGUCACGAUAUUGCUGCCUGAUCAUAUAUUGUUCCAAGUUAGGGAAACGAUUAAACAGCACAAGAGAAAUCUGCUAUCGAGCCGUCGACCAUGUGAUUUUAUGCCACGUAACACGGGUUCUUUUUAGCAUGGCCCCGGGGUUCUGAUCCAACGGUAGACUUCUCUCUAGCAGAUUUCUAGGGCUUUUGAUCGAUCCACUCCCUUGAUUAUUAGUAAAAAAAUAUAAGGUAAAUUUCUUUUCCUUUGUAGUUUAUCUUCCUUGGUUGCUGAUUAAGGAUUAAAUAGAAGAAACAGCGUUAGUUAAUUUAGAAGAAAGAGACAGAGGACGCAAUUUGAUUGCUAUGGGUGGCGUUUGGUGUGACUUCUGCAAAUUCGCCUAGACGCCCCCCAACUACUUUUAGCAUAUUGGUUUAUAUGAUGCAAUUAUGAUA